CUUUUUUGCUCCGGAACCCUCUAGAGAAGAUCUUCACGCGGUGCCUAGUUUUUAAUAAAAAGGGGGGAGACCGGAAAAACCCUACCUUCUCUUGUUGUCAAAGUGGCUUAGGCAGCGGGGUCCCGAUUCUUGGUAGAGAUAGCAACUCCGAGUACUGAAGAUCAAGAGUAGAGUUGAGUGGCGGAUAGCUUAGCGGUCGUUGGGCAAUCGCCGAAUAAUUAGCAUAUAAAAGUGAAGGGCGGGGGUUCCUUUUGGCAGCACAAGAAAGAAGAAACCCAUGCAAGCCUGCAAUGAAUGCAAUCAUCAUCUUAGGAGUUGGGAGAAGACAUCUAAUGGACCAGUUUCUUUGAUAAGGGUAAGUAAGGGUGAGUGUUCACUUCCUUCUCAUGUUCCUCCAUAUGCCACCACUCACAAGAAUUACAAAUAAAGUUCUUUUAAAGUUUUUAUUUUAUUUUAUUUUUAAAUAAUAUGAACAAGUCACGACAAAUAGAUAUACAAUUUCUCUUAUUAAUUAAAGUAUCGUCCAGAGUCAAGUGCUUUAGCUAUUUAGCUAUUCAGUGUUGCAGGCAAAAGAAAUUAUUAAAAUAAUAAUUAUUUUUAAAACAUGUUAACAGUUUUAUUUUUACUCAUGUAUUUCACUAUAAUAUUUUUUUAAAAUGCAUUUUAUAAUAUCAAAAAAUAAUUCAAAAGUCUGCAAUUCGUGUAAUGUCAACUCUUAAAGGUGAAACUCUUUUUCUUUUUAAAAAAGAACACAGAAGUCCAUGAAAAAAAAAAAAGAUCAAAAACAUUUUGGUAUUUGUAAAAUAACAUGACAAGCACAUGCCAGCAUAUGCAAUUAUGCAGAGCUUUUGAAGUACAAGUCUCAACAAGAUAAGCCCAAAGAAACUCAUACAACCCUCCCCCAACUAUUGAAGCAGUUUGCAACAAAGACUCUCAUUGAAAAAGAAAGAAAACAAGCAAAAAAGCAAUGUCUCAAUGGAGGCAAGCCAUUGGCAUUGCACUUGCAAUCAAGAUCAUAUUAGUUCUUCAACCAGCAUUAGGCCUUGCCAGCUAUAGGCGAGAAGAAAUUGUUUCUCAACAUGGAGUAGUUGCUGCUGAUGAUUGGAGGUGUUCUAGAGUUGGGAGGGAUGUUCUCAAGGAAGGUGGACAUGCUGUCGAUGCAGCGGUGGCUGUCGCACUUUGUUUAGGCGUCGUUAGCCCUGCUUCGAGCGGCAUUGGUGGCGGAGCUUUCAUGCUCUUGAGGCUUUCUAAUGGCAAAGCUCAAGCUUUUGAUAUGAGGGAGACUGCUCCAUUGAUGUCUUCAAAGAACAUGUUUGGAGGCAAUGCAACAUUGAAAGCAAAUGGACCACUGUCAAUUGCUGUGCCAGGAGAAGUUGCAGGACUUCAUGAAGCAUGGAAAAUGUAUGGCAAGCUUCCAUGGAAAAGGCUUGUGAUGCCGGCUGAACUAUUCGCUCGAAAUGGAUACAAGAUAUCUCCUUAUCUACACAUGCAAAUGAGCAAAACCAAAGAAGCAAUUUUCGCUGAUGAAGGAUUGAGAAACAUGCUGACAUUGAAUGGAAAACUCUUGCAACCUGGAGAUAUCUGUUAUAAUAAAAGAUUAGCGAGUACAUUGCAGGCCAUAUCAAUGCAUGGACAGAAGGCAUUUUACAAUGGUUUGGUUGGUAAAGCAUUGGUCGGAGACAUUCAAAAGGUCGGUGGGAUAUUGACAAUGAAAGACUUGCAGGAAUAUCAUGUUAAAAUCACGGAACCAAUCUCUGCAAAUAUAAUGGGAUUAGAGAUCUUAGGAAUGCCUCCACCUUCUUCUGGUACUGCUGCAAUGAUACUGAUCUUGAACAUUUUAACUCAAUAUGGAAUUCCUUCAGGAGUUUCGGGUUCUCUCGGUCUUCACCGGCUGAUUGAAUCACUGAAACACGCAUUCGCAGUAAGAAUGAAACUCGGUGAUCCGGCAUUUGUCAAUGUAACACAAGUUGUAUCAGAUAUGCUAUCGCCGAAGUUUGCUGCAGAGUUGAAGAAAACCAUAUUUGAUAACAUGACAUUCAGUCCUGAUCAUUACGGUGGAAAAUAUAAACCACUUGUGGAUCAUGGAACAAGUCACAUAUGCAUUGUCGACAGAGAGCGAAAUGCGAUCUCAAUGACAAGCACGGUUAAUGGGUAUUUCGGAGCACAUAUUCAGUCACUUAGCACUGGAAUUUUACUGAACAAUGAAAUGGAUGAUUUCUCAAUUCCUGCAAAUUCAUCAAGCAAUGAUGUUCCACCUCCAGCUCCAGCAAAUUUUAUCAGUCCUUUUAAGAGACCUUUAUCAUCUAUGACACCAACAAUUGUUCUCAAGAAUGGGCAACUGAAAGCAGUAGUGGGUGCCAGUGGAGGAUCCAUGAUCAUAGCUGGAACUACAGAGGUUUUUCUGAAUCAUUUUGGCAAGGGAAUGGACCCUCUUUCAUCAGUAUUCGCUCCCAGAUCCUAUCAUCAGUUGAUACCUAAUGUACUACAGUAUGAGAAUUGGACCACAGUGACUGGAGACCAUUUUGAGGUCCCUGCAGAAACAAGGGCAGCCUUAAAAAAGAAGGGUCAUGUCCUGCAAGCCCUGGCUGGAGGGACCAUUUGCCAGUUUGUGGUUCAUUCUUUGAAAAAUGAGAAGGUGCUUGGAGGUGUAAUUCAUGGCAAGCUCACUGCCAUUAGUGAUCCGAGGAAAGGUGGUGUUCCUGCUGGGUAUUAGUUUUUUUUUUUUUCAUUUCAAUGAUGAUUAAUUAAAAGAUUCUUCAUUGUUAUUGGUUUGCUUGAACUUUCAAUUCAUCAGUUUAUUAAAUUGUUAAUUCAUCACUUAAGUCU